AUGCUCGUGGUGUCGGGGCUUCACGGCGGCCGCGCGUGGCGUGUUGCCAGGUCCCGCGUGCUGCUGCAGCUGGGCGGCGCCGUGGCGGCGCGCGACCUGCUGUUCGCGCUGGUGACGCUGGGCGGCCAGGGCUGGUGGCAGCCGCGCGCCUCCGCCGGCUGCGUCGCGCUUGGGGUGGCGCUGCACUACGCGCUGCUCGCCGCCGCCGCCUGGACCACCGCAGCAGCCGUACUGCAGCUGCUGCGCCUCAGCACUGUCGCCGGCGCGCAGGCACGAGUCCCGCACGUCGUGCUGGUGUGUUCGGCGUGUUCGUGGUUGUCGCCGCUGUUGCCGGUGGGGGUGCUGUUGGCAGCCUCGGGACCCACGGCGGGCUACCCGCUACGUCAGGACAGCGCUUCAGACUUCCUGUGCUACCCGCAAGGAGCCGCCUUCUACGCCUCUGUCCUGCUGCCAACCGCUGCCUGCGUCGUAGUCAACGCCGCCAUCUUCCUCUACCUGCUAUUCACAGUGCUCUUCCCGGCUUGCAGCUGUGGAAGCGGCGUUGUAGUUACCAGACACGGGCCGUCGCAGCUGCGGCGGCGCGCCCUCACCGCGGUGAUGCUGUUCUUCCUGCUGGGCCUGCCAUGGCUGCUGGGGCCGCCGGCCAGGGUGCCGGAACUCGCCUACCUCUUCUGCAUCGUCGCCACACCGCAGGGGCUGGUGCUGUUCGUGUUCUUCGUGCUGUGCAACAGCAAGCUGCGGAAGCGCCUGAGCAGCGCGGUGCUGACUUCGCUGCCGACGUCCAGCAGCUCUCGGGCGUCCAGCACGCGCAAGCAGAAGAAGCAGUCGCCUGGAACCGCGGACACGUCGCCGCCCACGUCAUCUUCCGCGGUGCCGGCGUCCGGAGACGGCAGCGUCCGCAGUCGGCAGCGGCAAACCGAGCGCCCGCUGCAGAAGGGGCCGCCCGUGCUGCUGACGCGCUACGCUCUCGUGGACGAGGACGGCGAGGUGCGGUACACGUUCGACCUGGGCUCCUGGUCGCCGGACGACGGCAACCCUACUGAUGCUGCCUACAUGCCGACCUCUCCGGAGCGGCGCUCUGUCACCAAGUACGUGUUCCCAGAGCCGGAACCAGAACGGGACGACGACCAGUAA